UCUCUCCGGUCCAAUAUUUUUCUCUCUCCGGUUCAAUAUUAUUCUUAAGCGGUUCAGCGAGCCAUGUUCUGCUCGGAUGACCCGGUUCAGCUCCAGCUCCCGGUUCUCGAGACCGGGUUCCCUUACGGCGAGCUAGAGGAGCUCUUGUCGUUCCUGCAGUCGGACAACCCCACCGUGAGCCCCAACAACUCCGGCUCGGAGGGCUCGAACCGGACCCUGAGCUCCCCGGACGACCGGAAGCGGAGGCGGAUGAUGUCGAACCGGGAGUCGGCGCGCCGGUCCCGCUGGCGCAAGAAGAAGCACCUCGAGGACACCACGAACGAGCUGAACCAGCUGGGCGCCGAGAACCAAGAACUCAAGAGCCAGCUCGACUAUGUGGCGAGCCGGUUCUUCGCCGUGCAGGCGGAAAACGAGCGGCUGAGAUCCGAGUGCGCGUCCCUGUCGGCCAGGCUCUCGGAUCUACAUUGGAUUCUUCUCGCCAUGCAAAAUCACAUCAACCCUCGUUAAUUUUGACUUAAUAACUAAUAAUCCCUCCCUUCCCCCCCGCUCGCUCUCUCUCUCUCUCUCUAGUUUGACAAAAGAGGAUGCGAGGAGUGAAGUGUCUUUCAUGGAGCAGAGCUACGUAAAUACACGGUUUUUAUAUGCUCGGCUAGUCCAAUGUCUUCCCAUAUGCAUGCAUUGAAUGUGCAGAGGUUCUUUUUCCA